AGGCUGGCGGGGAGAGGGGUCGAGGGGCGCCCGGACUUGGGGCCGCCCCUGCGUCCCGCGGCUGGGCUGCGGCUCUCCCCGGCGGCUGCUGCUCCCUGCGGACUCGCUGCCGGCCGGGUCGGGGUUCCCGGAGACGCGCCCCACCCUGCCCCUCCCCACCUGGCUCAGGGCUCAGGAAUGCUGUACCCCGGAAACGCGGCCCGACCUGCCCGGCCUGGGGGCCUGGGGUACGGUGCCGGCCGCUGGGCGUCAGCGGGGCAGAAGUCCUAGGCAGUGCCUGGGUGAGCCCAGAUGGGCAGCGGGAGGCCUUGCAGGCUGUGCCCAGGCUCUGAGCUGCCCUAGGGCGGCAGACAGGCUGGGCGUGGGUCCUAGACAUGGCCCAGCCACUGAACUUUGUCCUCCAUGUUCCCGAGACCCCAGAGGACCACGGCUCAUCCAGGAGCAGAGCCGGUGGGUGGCUGAGGAGGGGCUGGAGCUGCAGGAGCGGGAGCGGGGGGCCGGAGCCCCCCAGACCACAGGCAGCGGCAGCCGGAUCCCACCGGGGCCAGAGGAUGCCGGGGCUCCCAGCACAGCCACGCUCCGCAUCUUGGCCAGCAUGCCCAGUCGCACCAUUGGCCGCAGCCGCGGGGCUAUCAUCUCCCAGUACUACAACCGCACGGUCCAGCUGAGACGCCGGGUCAGCCGGCCUGAGCUCAGGGGUGUGGGGCGCUCGGCCCGGCCCAGCCUCCGCCUCUACGACCUGGAGCUCGACCCUGCGGCCCUCGAGGAGGAGGAGAAGCGGCUCCUGCUGGUGAAGGAGCUGCAGGGCCUGACGGUGGCCCAGCGGGACCACAUGCUCCGGGGGAUGCCCUUGGGCCUGGCCGAGAAACGCUGCCUGCGAGAGGAGAGCCGGACCCCGAGGGGGAAGCGGCAGGGCCGGCCUGGCCGGCGUGGGCUCCUCUCCUGCUGUGGCCGGCUCCGAGACGCCUGCGUCCUGGCCCUGCACGGCCUGGGGCUCGCGCUGCUCUCGGGCCUGCUGGCCCUGAUGCCCUGGCGCUAUGCCCUGAAGCGGAUCGGAGGCCGGUUCGGCUCCAGCGUGCUCUCCUACUUCCUCUUCCUCAAGACCCUGCUGGCCUUCAACGCGCUCCUGCUGCCGCUGCUGCUCGCCUUCCUGGUGGGCGUGCAGGCCGCCUUCCCGCCGCCCGCCUCCCCGGGCUCUGCCCCCAGCUUCACGGGCCUGGAGCUGCUCACGGGCGGGGGCAGCUUCAACCACACUGUCCUGUACUACGGCUACUACAGUAACAGCUCGCUGAGCCGGCCGUGUGCGCUCCCGCCGGGGCGUCCGUGCGGCCGCGAGGCCGAGAGCCUGCCCUACAACAUGCCCCUGGCCUACCUCUUCACGGUGGGGGUGGCCUUCUUCAUCACCUGCAUCACGCUGGUGUACAGCAUGUCCCGCUCUUUCGGGGAGAGCUACCGGGUGGGCAGCGCCUCAGGGGUUCAUGCUGUCACCGUCUUCUGCUCCUGGGACCACAAGGUGACUCAGAGACGGGCCUCCCGCCUCCAGUGCGACAACAUCCGAACCCAUCUGAAGGAGCUGCUGGCGGAGCGGCAGCGGCGGCAGGGCCCCCGGAGCGCGUGCGGGCGGCUGCGGCAGGUGGCCGUGCUGGGGCUGGUGUGGCUGCUCUGCCUGGGGACCACGGUGGGCUGCACCAUGGCCGUCUACGCCUUCUCGGAGCUCAUGAUCAAGAGCCCAGUGUCCGCUGAUCAGGAGGGGGCACUGCUGGCCCUGCCCAUGGUGGUCUGCCUCCUGAACCUGGGGGCCCCCUACCUGUUCCGCUGCCUGGCGGCCCUGGAGCGGCAGGACUCCCCGGUCCUGGAGGUGUACCUGGCCAUCUGCAGGAACCUCAUCUUUAAGAUGGCCAUCCUGGGCAUCCUCUGCUACCACUGGCUGGGCCGCAGGGUGGGCACCCUGAAGGACCAGUGCUGGGAGAACUUCGUGGGCCAGGAGCUCUACCGGCUCACGGUGCUGGACUUCAUCUUCGUGCUGCUGGACACGCUGUUCGGGGAGCUGGUGUGGAGGCUCAUCUCUGAGAAGAAGCUGAAGAGGAGGGAGAAGCCAGAGUUCGACAUUGCCGGGAAUGUCCUGGAGCUGAUUUACGGGCAGACCCUGACCUGGCUGGGGGUCCUCUUCUGUCCUCUCCUCCCCGCCGUCCAGAUCAUCAAACUGCUGCUCAUCUUCUACGUCAAGAAGACCAGCCUGAUGGCCAACUGCCAGGCGCCCCGCAGACCCUGGCUGGCCUCCCACAUGAGCACCGUCUUCGUCUCGCUGCUCUGCUUCCCCUCCUUCCUGGGAGCCGCCGUCUUCCUCUGCUACGCUGUGUGGCAGGUGAAGCCUUCCAGCACCUGCGGCCCCUUCCGGACCCUGGACACCAUGUACGAGGCGGGCAAGGUGUGGGUGCACCGCCUGGAGGCGGCGGGCCCCCGGGUCUCCUGGCUGCCCUGGGUGCACCGGUACCUGGUGGAGAACACCUUCCCCGUCUACCUGGUGUCAGCCCUGCUGCUGGCCGUGAUCUACCUCAACAUCCAGGUGGUGAAGGGACAACGGAGGGUCAUCUGCCUCCUCAAGGAGCAGAUCAGCAACGAGGGGGAAGACAAAGUCUUCUUGAUCAACAGGCUUCACUCCGUCUACGAGAGGAAGGAGAGGAACAGGGUUGGUAGAAGCCAGGAGACCGAGAGGCUGGUGGACGAUCCGGACGUCUGGUAGGAUGCGACAGGCAUGGAGGCUCCGCGUCUGCUCACAGGUGCGGCCUGGGCCUGGGCCGCCCUCCGUUCCCCUGGCCCUGUAGGUGCGGACGCCGACCAGGGACUCUGCAGUGCACCGAGGCCGGCACUGGAGGACGCUGGGCAAGUGGUGGGGGGCACCCGUGGACGGUGUCCUGCGGGGACUAUUUAUUCUGAUAAAACGUGUUUUGUAAGAUGA